AUGGCUCAGUUCAGUAAAGAAGAGCUUUCUUUUGUUGAAGAUCUUCCUAAGCAUGUGGAGAUAGAGUGUCCAGUUUGUCUUAAUGUCUUGACAGAUCCUUAUAUCGUAAGCUGUUGUGGAUAUAAUUUCUGUGGGUCUUGUUUUGAGAUAGUGAAAGCUAGUAUUAAUGGAUCCUGUCCUAUGUGUAAAGAGAAGGAAUAUCAAGCAAUACCUGAUAAGAAGUGUUCACGUAUUAUCAAUGGAUUGGAGGUCUACUGCAGUAAUAAGGAGAAAGGAUGUCAAUGGAAAGGAGAAUUGAAGAAUAUUUCUACUCAUCGUAAUAAAGAGAAGAGAGAAGGAGAAUGUCAAUAUGAAGAAGUAAAGUGUCGAUAUAAGAAAUGUAGAGAGAGAAAGCAACGUAGAUAUCUUAAGGAUCAUGAAGAUAAUAAAUGCCUUCAACGUCCAUUCGAAUGCCAAUACUGCAAAAUAAAACAUACAUUCGUCUCUAUUACAGAGUAUCAUUACGAUCGAUGCAGGCAGUAUCCUGUUACUUGUCCUAAAAAAUGUUCAUCUACUACCAUGCCACGAUAUAAAAUCACUGAAAACAUUCAUAUCAAUGAGUGUCCAUUAGAGCCAGUAGAUUGUCAAUUUGAUGAAUAUUUACCAAAAUCACUGAAGAUAUUUGGAAAGCUUACGUACAAAGCUAUAACAUGGCCCACCAAUAGAGAAAGAGAUGUAAAAGUAGACACAGAUGUUCCAUUGCUAGGAGACACUGAAUCUACCUAUCAGCCAUUACCUCAUGAUAUUCUUAAUGGCAUUAUCAGCUGUGAGGGUACUCUACCACAAGGAGUAAUUAAAAUAGAAUUAGCAAGACAUAUGACAUUUAUGAUUGAUACUGCUACGAUUUAUACUUAG